CUUUGUAAGAAACCCAGAGAGAGAGAGAGAGAGAGAGAGAGAGAGAGAGAGAGAUAUGGAGAUAGUGGAAGAAGUAGUAAUAGUGGGAGCAGGAAUAGCUGGGUUAGCCACGGCAGUAGCUCUGAAAAGAGUGGGAAUUAAAGCAUUGAUUUUGGAGAGAUCGGAUGGGCUUAGAGCCACUGGUGCAGCCUUGACUCUCUUCCCAAAUGCUUGGCGUGCGCUUGAUGCUCUAGGGGUUUCUCAUAAGCUUACUCCAAUCUACGGCCAUUCUAAAGGGUCAUAUGUAACAAAUUUGGAAACUGGAGCAAUUCAAGAAGUCCCUUUCGCUAGAAUCAAUGUCGAUGAUGGAAGUGGACCCAGAUCAGUACACCGAAAGGCCUUACUCGAGGCUUUGGCAGAGGAAUUGCCCACCGAGUCCAUUUGUUUCUCUUCCAAGCUCGGGGCCAUUAAAACAAUAACAAAUGAAGGUUCUUCUAUUGCUGUUGUUCAUAUGGAAGAUGGAAGUGUCAUUAAAGCAAAGGUUUUGAUAGGUUGUGAUGGGGUGCACUCAGUGGUGGCAAGCUGGUUGGGACUCGCUGCACCGGUCCUUUCAGGUCGAUCAGCAGUUCGGGGAUUGGCCGUAUUUCCUCAAGGCCAUGGAGUCAAACAUGAAAUCCACCAAUUUGUAGGUGCAGGAAGAAGGGCUGGUAUUGUUCCCCUCACUGAUAAAGAUAUCUAUUGGUUCUUCACUUGUUCAUCUCCAGCUACAGGGACGGAUCACCUGGCUGGAGACCCGGAACUAAUACAGAGAGAAGUAAUCGAAAACUAUGCCAAGGACUUGCCUGAACUAUAUCUAGACAUUGUCAAGCACUCUGAUCUUUCAACAUUGACAUGGGCUCCAUUGAUGUUCAGGCAGCCGUGGAAUGUGGCAUUUGGGAACCUAAGCAAGCAAAACGUCACAGUGGCUGGCGACGCCAUGCACCCCAUGACGCCGGACUUGGGACAGGGCGGUUGCUCGGCGCUUGAAGAUGCUGUGGCCCUAGGCAGGCACAUUGGAACAUCCUUCAUACAAAAUGGUCGCCUUGUACCCGGUGAAAUUGCUGGAGCAUUAGGAAACUAUGUCGAGGAAAGAAGGUGGCGCGCCGCUUGGUUGAUCACGGGAUCAUAUUUGUCUGGGUGGGUGCAACAAGGAGGUUCUUCUUGGGCUGUAAAGUUCUUCAGGGAUGCAAUAUUUUACAGAUUCCUUUACCAGAAGAUUGUUGGUGUUAUGCAUUAUGAUUGUGGCAAGCUUCCGACUACCACCAUUUAAACAAAUUACAAUGAAAGAAGGGAAUUCUAUUAUUUUUGUUCGGAGAAGUGAACAUUUUAGUUAUAUUAGUGACUCUUUUGAUUCUGGAUAUUUAAUUUCUACACUUAAAAUUUAUAGAAAAUUUCAGUU